UGUUUUGUGAGGUCUAUUUAAGGCUUUAGUCUCUGUGAGUCUUUCGUGGAAAAGCAGCCAUGAUAAAAGACGUUUUGCUUUGCUUGUGUUUGACACUGGCACCUGUCUGGAGCGCCCCUGUACAGGACGAUUCUGGGCCAGUGGCUGUUUUGAAGCAUGGCAGUGUCCGUGGGCAAUAUGUGAAAGCUAAAGGAUCUCCAGCUGUUGUGGAGCAAUAUUUGGGCAUUCCUUUUGCCCAGCCGCCUGUUGGCCCUCACCGUCUAGCAGCUCCACAGCCUGUACAGGGAUGGGAGGGCAUAAGAAAUGCCACCGAAGACCCUUUGAUGUGCCUUCAAAACCCAGAUAUUUUACCCGCGAUGGCAAAAGCUAUUGAUUUGGAAGUUACAGCUAUAGGGGUCUCAGAGGACUGUUUGUAUCUGAAUGUUUACACUCCAUCUCAAAGAGCAGAAUCAGAGAAACUUCCAGUAAUGAUUUGGAUUCAUGGAGGGGGUCUGGCCAUGGGUGGAGCUUGCAUGUUCAAGGAAUUGUGCUUGUAUGACGGAACCCCUCUGGCAGCCUAUGAAAAAGUAGUUGUGGUUGUCAUUCAGUAUCGACUUGGAAUAUUAGGAUACUUCAGCACAGGAGAUCAGCAUGCAAAAGGAAACUGGGGUUUCCUCGACCAGAUCGCAGCUUUACAGUGGGUGCAGCAAAACAUUGAGGCUUUUGGAGGAGACCCUCAGUCUGUCACCAUAGCUGGAGAGUCUGCAGGAGGAAUCAGCGCCUCUUUGCUGACAUUGUCACCCAUGACCAAGGGUCUGUUUCAGCGGGCCAUUUUUCAGAGUGGGGUAGCAACUGUGAGGGGAUACUUUGUCAAAGACCCUUCAACAUAUGCCCAGGUGAUUGCAAAUAUUACAGAGUGUGACUUUAGCUCUUCUGAAGUGUUGGUCAAAUGCAUCAAAGAAAUGACUGAGGAACAGAUCAAAGCGGCUCAAAAGAAACACUUUUUCCCUGGAGCAACAGUUGAUGGGGAAUUUAUUAAAGCUCAGCCGGAGGAGAUCCUGAAGAGUAAAGACUUUCAGAAAGUUCCAAUUCUUGUUGGAACAACAAACCAUGAAUUUGGAUGGAUCCUCCCCCAGAUUUUCCUCCCAAAAGAAUGGGUGAAAGGGAUGGACGCAAAAUCAGCAAAAGACCGUUUGGGUCUUUUAAACGCAGAUGGAGCUUCAGGAGCCAAUGGAAUCAUAGCAGACGAAUACUUUAAAAAUGCUAAAACUCCAGAGGAGAUUCGAGAUGCAUUUACUGAGCUGCUCGGGGAUAUAUUCAUGGUGAUACCCUCCAUCACAGUUGCGUCUUAUCACAGAGAUGCCGGAGUGCCUGUGUAUAUGUAUGAGUUCCAGCACGGGCCAAGUAUAGCUAAUAAAUUCAGACCCAGUUUUGUGAAGGCCGACCAUGCUGAUGAUGUUGGAUUUGUGUUUGGGGCCUGCUUUUGGGAUGUUCAUGUCAAAGGUUUAGGAACACUCACUGAAGAAGAAAACCAAUUAUGCAGAACUGUCAUGAAAUACUGGGCUAACUUUAUUCGUACUGGAUCACCAAAUCCAGCUCCAGUGCCCUGGCCUGUUUAUGACCAGUCUAAUAAGUACUUGAACCUGGGAUUGCAGCAAUCUGAGGGACAGGACCUUAAGAAGGACAAGCUGCUCUUUUUCACUGAAGAAUUACCUAAAAAACUAGCUGCACCUCCCACAGCUUGAACAGUUGAUACACCAAUAAACUUGGUACUUCUGUUAUUAAAAAGAAAUCUAAUUCAGA